CAUAAACCCGGAGACGUUUCGAACCAUAAAAUUUACAAGUUUAUAAAUGUUGAUUUUUCGAUUUUCAAAAUUCUAAAGUGUCAAUUAAAAACGGUUCGAAACAUUGAGAAAUUUUACGCAGUUUAAACUUUUUUAUUCCUCGGUUCCAAAAUUUAAAUACCAGUGCGUCGGGACUGAAACUUAAACUUGAAAUUCCGUUUUUCUCUCCCUUGUGGUUUGAGCGGCUGAACUCAGUUACCUGGCAACGAAAAUCUGAACAGCGAACUCGAACUCGAACUCGUCCGUGAAUGUAAUACCGGCACACGUAUGCAUUUCUCCGGUGGAAUUCGCUCCAGCUUGGAUGCCAAGUUUGCGAGAAAUUAUAUUUCAAUAAACAACUGCGGGGUCCAUUGAAACUCUGGACGCGUUUCAGGAAUUUGAAUGCGGUGGACGAGGUGGCAACCUGGGCGGACCCCGCGAAGGAAAACUCCGCAGCGGUGAAAUUCCGGAGAAGCGGAAAUUAAUUACCGGAUGCGGGGAACACACCGCUCAUCGACCGGAAGCGGCGCGGAAGUGAUGUGCAUGUGCAGCCCGAGUCGAAGCGUCAAGAAACUUUUGAGGAGCUCCCGUUAAUAAACGGCUCUUCAGGUCUCCGCCGGUCACUGCGGGGGAUUCCGCCGGAUUGCGAGAUCCGGAUUCUGAAGACUCCGGGACAAAAAUACGGGAUUUUCUAAGAUUCUGUGACGAGGCGAUCAUGGCGACCCGGAAAUAUUGAUUGACAAGUCACUCCGGAGGCUGAGUUGCUCGACUUUCCAAGGUGGCUCUUUAUCUUAAACUGGGGGGCAGCGCCCCCUGGUCGCUCCGCAAGAUGCUGGCGGAUGAAGGCAACGCUGCGAUCUUCACCUUUGUGCAUUUAAAGGUGCCAACCCACCUUCCAUCUCCUAGUAUUUAAAACGAUCCACGACCACCAUCCUCCGAACGGUGACCGAAUCGGGUCCAGCAGAUGUCGGACACGGGAAGGCGGCCUAAAUCACCUUCGAGUAGGCGGAGGUCGCGGUCUGGAGGCGGCGCAAAGGCGGAAGACUCCGGGUUGGACUCUUCGCCCUCUUUUGUGGAGGACAGUGGGCGGAAAAUGGUCAAAAACGAUUUGGACGUCGAUGAAAUCCAGUCCGUCGACUCUUUCUGCAUCAGACUCCGCCUGGGGGACUCCACGGAGAGUUCGGGAUCCGAAUCCCUGUCCCCGCAGAGGGCUGGGAGGUCUGAGUCAUUCACUUCUGGAGACGGGACUUCCAGGUCAGCCUCCCGGUCACCUUCAUCAUCCCCUUCGGUUCGUUUCAAGUCAUCCAAAUGCGUCAUGAAAUCGCGACCUCCCCGAAAAUGUUCCCGAUCAACAUCCUCCGAUUCGGACGACGCGACACGCCGAGUGUCCUCGACAUCCUGUCAGCGGCUCGGAGAGCGAAUCCGCGAGAAGGGACGCAGUGGCGGCGGCGGGAGCAGGGACAGGAAGAGGUCCCUGGUCGAUCCCUGCAGGAAGAGAUCCCUCACUUGCUGGAGCGACGAUGACCUCUGCCGAAGAGAGUCGUCACCCAGCAAGUUGGAGAAGGUGAAGAAGGAGAGAGAGGUCACGCCCGAAUGUGAGCCGGAGGUCAAGGAGGAGAAACGCAAGGAGCCAAGAAGGGUAGGUGAGAGGUCCCUGGGCAAUCCCUGCAGGAAGAGAUCCCUCACUUGCUGGAGCGACGAUGAUCUCUGCCGAGGAGAGUCGUCAUUCAAGUUGAAGGAGGUGAAGAAGGAGAGAGAGGUCGCACCCGAAUGUGAGCCGGAAGUCAUCGAAGAGAAAUGCCAGGAGCCAAGAAGGGAACGCACGCGCGAGUGCUGUCCGUGUGGCUGCGGGCGCUGGGGAACGGCGAAGAAGGCAUCCGAACCUGCAUGUCGACCGGAAACUAAAGUGCAAACAAGGAGACCGACGAGAAAAUACACGGAAAGACGCUGCUUGUACCAGGACCACCGAGACCGGAUCAGGGCGAUCGAAAACUACAAUUUAAGGGCGAGGAAAAGGAGCUGCGGUUUGGGAUCGAGGAAAGCGAUUUGCUCUCCGAGACCAACGAAAAUAAAACGCGAGAACAGGUGUUCCAUGAAGAGGAACGAAACCAUGAAAUCUUCAACCCCAGAGCGAUCUGUCUGUACCAGGGGCCGGACACCGGAAUGUUACAGAAGCUUAGCAUCGCUACUCUGCGAUGACCGCAAGGUGGCGAAGAAAUCGGCUUGUUGCGGGGGUUGGGGAUUUGUUCCCAAAGCCGAGAGGGAAAGAAUGAGAGCGGAAAGGAAAGCAUGUCAGGAAGCGAAGAGGAAAGCAAAAGCGAAACGAAUAUCAUGUCUAUCCAGGUGUUUGUGGAGUCCAGACUCCCUGUGUCCGCAACUAAAUAUUAAACCAAGAACACCAUCGAAGUUAAAAUCCUGUACGCCAUCGGCCAAGAAAGAAGAGAAACCCGCGGGCGACUCUUCUGACUCAGAAUAUUGCGAUGAUUCAAAAAGGCGUGAAGCGGAUGACUCAAAGAAGCACAAACACGGUGACUCAGAGGAAUAUAAAGACGGGGAUUCAAGGAGGCGAAAAGAGGGUGGCUCAAGGAAGGGCCAAAGACGUGAUUUGACCAAGCGAGAAGAGGAACCCGCAGGUGACUCUUCUGACUCGGAAUAUUACGAUGACUCAAGAAGGCAAAAAGCGGACGGCUCAAAGAAGCCCAAACACGGUGACUCAGAAGAGUAUAAAGACGGGGAUUCUAGGAGGCGAAAAGAAGGUGGCUCGAGGAAGGCCAAAAGACGUGCGUCGAAGAAACGGAAAGAGGAUGAUCGGAAGGGACCCAAAGAGGACGAUUCAAAAUAUCCCCGAAAGGUAAAGAGAGAGCCAGCGGGAGCCACGCGUACCUCGACGCCUGUCGGGAAGCUGUGCAAGAAUGGGGACUGCGAAUACGUUACGGAGGAGAGUGUACGUUACGCUGAUGCCAGGAAUGGUAAACCCUCCACCAAAGCGCUAAAAUCACGGUCUGGUGCCGACCUACCCUCGAGGGCAUCACGGUCAGAUUCGACCUCACUCAGCGUCUCUUCAAAUGAUGAGGAUCUCCACCCAGAAACCAACCGCACCGGUUUUAAGGACGACCACGAUGAUGCGAGCAUAGAAUCGCAGACUACCUCCGAUGACGGGUUUUCUAGAUCCGCUUCCAGGACCGAUACUUCAGAACCAGACUCUGAAGACGCCUCUGACGGCGACGAUUCUCCGAUACCCGUUGCCAGAGCGCAGGCCAGGCGGUACACAACCGGUUCAGCGGAGCGUCGCAAGUCUCUGGAUUCCACCGCCAGAGCUCAGACCAGGCGGCACGCAACCGGUUCGGCGGAGCUACACGGGUCUCUGGAUUCCGCCAUCACAGCGCAGGCCAGGCGGUACACAACCAGUUCGGCGGAGCUUCGCAAGUCCCUGGAUUCCGCCGCUGAAGCGCAGACCAGGCGGUACACAACCAGUCCGGCGGAGCUUCGCAAAUCCUUGGAUUCCGCCGCUGAAGCGCAGACCAGGCGGUACACACCCGGUUCGAAGGAGCUUCGCAAGUCUCUGAAUUCCACCGCCAGAGCGCAAGCCGAACAACUAACACCCAGUUUAGCAGAGGUGAACGAGUAUCGAAAAUCCGUCGGUGAAGUACAGGCUAGACGGCGCGCGAUCAGCCUGGCGGAAACUCGCGAGUCCCCAGAACCCGCCACCGGAGUGAACAAUAUGCUGUCCACAACCCGUUUUCUAAAGCCCCGCGAGUCUCCGAAACUCGCCGCUAGAGCGGGGGCCACGCGGCAAGCAACCCGCCUGCCGGAUCUCGCGGAUUCUCUAGAAUCCGCCGCGAGAAUGCAGCUUGGACGGCACCCGACCGAUCCAGAGGAAAUCCGUAAGUCUCUGGGACCCACCGCUAGAGCGCAGGCAACGUGGCGAUCAACUAGUCUAUCCUAUCUUGACGAGUCUCCAGAAACCGAUGCUGGAGUGCAAACCGUGCGACAAGCAACCGGUCCGACAGAGUUCGACGAGUCUCCGAAACUCGCCGCCAGAGCGGGGGCCACGCGGCAGGCAACCCGCCUACCGGAUCUCGAGGAUUCUCUAGAAUCUGCUGCGAGAAUGCAGCUUAGACGGCACCCGACCGAUUCAGAGGAAAUCCAUAAGUCUCUGGGACCCACCGCUAGAGCGCAGGCAACGUGGCGAUCAACUAGUCUAUCCUAUCUUGACGAGUCUCCAGAAACCGAUGCUGGAGUGCAAACCGUGCGACAAGCAACCGGUUUGACACCGGAUCCUGAGGAUUCUCUGAAAUCUGCCGCGGGAAUGCAGCGUAGACGGCACGCAACCGAUCCAGAGGAGAUCCGUAAGUCUCUGGGACCCACCGCUAGAGUUCAGGCAACGCGGCGAGCAACUAGUCUAUCCUAUCUUGACGAGUCUCCAGAAACCGAUGCUGGAGUGCAAACCGUGCGGCAAGCAACCGGUCUGACACCGGAUCUUGAGGAUUCUGUGGAAUCUGCUGCAAGAAUGCAGCGUAGACGGCAUGCAACCGAUCCAGAGGAGCUCCGUGAGGCUCUGGGACCUACCGCUAGAGCCCAGGCAACUCGACGGGCUACCAGUCUAUCGUAUCUUGACGCGUCUCCAGAAACCGAUGCUAGAGUGCAGACCAUGCGACGAGCAACCGGUCCGGUAGAGUUUAACGAGUCUCCGAAACUCGCCGCUAGAGCAGGGGCGACGCGGCAGGCAACCCGUGUACCGGAUCUCAACGUGUCUCCGGAAGUGCAAGGCAGGGGGUGGACAGCGGGUGUGCCAGAUCUCGACGAGUCUCCGGAACCUGCAACUAGAGUGCAGAUCGCACGGAGAACAACCGGUUUCACAGAGCUCAAUGAGUCUCCAAAACCUGCCACUAGAGCGCAGAAUACUCGGCGGGCAACCGGUUUGGCGGAGCUCUGCGAGUUGGAACGUAACGUAAACGAGAUUGGCGACUUGCUCAAGGCCUGCUGCGAUACGAUUGGCAGGGAGUCUGCGACGGCGUCCGCUUCAGAUGUUGAUGUCGAAUGCCUGUUGAGAGAUCCGGUUGCGUUCCGAGAGUACCUGCAGGCCGCCGCCAGUGAGGCCCCGACGGACGUGAGACAACGAAUUAAGGCCGCGAUCUGCAGACUGCCGAAUGUGGUCGACCGAGAGAAGGUCUGUGAGGUCGAGGACCUCAGCGCUCUUAGGCGGCAACGCUCGAAAUCCCUUCCUCGGUUCGAUGGAUGUGACCCGCGCGUUUCCAGUGAUUGUCUGAACCAACAUGCCUUGAAAAGCCUUACAAGCGUUAAGUUGAAUAAAAACUCGAGACCUCACCUCGCGUCAGCAGACGAAGACGAAUCUCUGGACAUCAAACAAACCUCUUUCGCAAAACAACGCUCCAAAAAGACCUCUUCUGCUGAGAAAAUCCUGGAUUUUGGAUUGAACGGAGAACAAUUCACAACGCCUCAAACCACCGUAGAGACUACGAGACGUAGAUCACCUCAAAAAGAAUUUCGACAAACGUCGACUACCGUUGAUCCGAGAAUGAAACGCGGGUCUAGAUCCGUAGAGAAACCCAUAAAUUCUAUGGUUGCGCCUGACGACGCCAGCAAUGCGAAUGUGUCGCCUACGUUGAGAUUUGGCAGCGUCGCGCGUUCUGAAAAUCUCAGAACGCGAGCAGACAGCAAUUUCAUUGGUGUAAUUGAAGAGUACGACUCUGAUGACGAGGGGAUUUUGACAGAUAAAGACGAAUAUAGAAAUGCCAAGAAUAUCAAAAGGUCUAGAAAUUUCAAGGGUGUUGGAGGUUCUAAACGGUUUGUGUCAAGAAAUUUAAAGGAAACUGAGGAUUCUAAGGGUUCUAGGAGUACCAGGCACAAGAGAGCUGUCAAAGGUGAUGACACUGAUGAUGGUGAAGACACUGAGGUAAUCUGAUGACAUAGAAGAUGCAGACGACGCAGUGGAGGCUGUAAAUAUGUAGAUACCGCCGAGGCUGUAGAUAUGUAGAUGCUGCCGAGGCUGUAGAUGUCGAAGAGGUUGAAGAUACGGAGGAGGAGACAGACAUCAUCAGAGGUCGAGGAUGACACAGAUGAAGAAUAAACCCAGAUGUUGCGACCAUAGGACCGGUUGAGCGACGACUAUGUGGGACAACGUCGUCUCUACAUCCCUACCAGAUGACGCGAGGAAAGUGUCUGCAUUAUAAGAUUGAAGACUGCCAAGCUUCUUUCUAAAAGUAAACUCACAAGAAAAUCGGUGUCUACGAAAGAGUUGUAUCCUCUACAGUUAUCAUCGAGACCGGAGAGGGUGAUUCUCUGUACAAGUUUACUGAGGUUGAGGUCCUCUGAUCUUUUUUAUGACUUGAGGAUUGUUAACGUGGACUUGCUUCCAAGGUGUCAUCGAAAACCUCUAGCGCAAGAUCUUUGACCUCGACUAAAGGCUCACAAGGGACCAGGAUCGCUGUCGAAGACUUGGCGAGGAAAGUUUACAUCUACAAGAAGGUCGGACACAUAUUCUGCGAUGACCUACGAAGACGAUAGUUUUAAAAAGAAUUAAGUUUUAAAAAGAAUUUAUUUGUUUUUCUGAAUUGAGGCCGACCAGAUUUCGAUUUUUGAAUUUUUUCCCCUUUAAUUUGACUCCAAAUAUUGGCUUUGGAACUGAAUCUAUUGACUAAAGCUACCUGACGAUAUUUAAAUAAAUUA